AUGAACUUCUCUAUGUCCAGCAACAUCACCCAAACAAAAGGGAGGGACUCGUACACAAUAGCUGUGACCAAAAAUGUGAUUGCUGUGGCUUUGUACUUCUCCAUCAACUACAUUAACGGCACGCUUGUCCACACUUUCUUCAAGCAUGAGAUCUUUAAUGAGAAUCCUCGAUAUAUCCUUUUUAUCCAUAUGGUUGUGAACGACAUGAUCCAGCUAACCAUUGCAGUCUUGAUUCAUGUCGUUUCCUAUGUCUUUUAUAUAAUCAACUUCUCUCUCUGUUGCUUCUUUAUAAUGACUGGAGUGUUCACCACCCUCAACACUCCACUAAAUCUGGCCAGCAUGGCUGUGGAGCGCUACAUUGCUAUCUGUAACCCAUUGCAUCACAUGCAGCUUUGCACUGUACGCAGGACAUACGUCCUAAUUGGACUGAUUUGGGUCUUGGGUGCCAUCACCAUUCUUCCUGACCUGUUCUUUCUGUUAGCCACUGAGCCUUUAUCGUUCUUCCAUUCUACCAUCUACUGCAGUCGAGACACUGUGUACCGAUAUCCAUACCUGGUGGAGAAGAGAAACAUUUCAUACCUGGUCUAUUUGUCCUUUGUAUGGCUCACUUUGUUCUACACCUACUUCAGGAUCAUGUUUACUGCCAAGGCCACCGGUGCAGAUGCCCGGAAGGCCCGCAAUACCAUCCUCCUGCAUGGCCUGCAGCUUCUGCUGUGCAUGUUCACGUACAUUGACCCACUAAUCGAGAGUUCAUUAGUUUCUCUCUUCCCCAUGCUUUUAAAUGAUGUACGAUUCACAGGUUACCUCUUUGUCCACAUUUUACCCAGGUUUAUAAGUCCUAUCAUAUAUGGAUUGAGGGAUCAGAUGUUCUGUGCAUACUUGAAAAAGCAUCUGUUGUGUAUUAGGCUGAAAGAAAGGAAUACAAGAAAAACACAGACCUCCUAA